AUGGCCAUUACAACCUUGAGAAGUGGGAAGAUGAUCGACAACAAAGUAGAGAAGCAUGAGAAAGUUGAAAAGGAGAAGGAGAGGGGAACAGAUAUGAAUGACCAGCAGCAUAAUAAUUCUUUUAAAAGUUCAAAACAGCCACCAUCUGAGCCAAAAAGAAUUUUAUUUGAUCCAACACUUAAGGAUGUGGUGUAUGAUCAUCCUUUACCAUUCCCUCAGCGUGCACAGAAGGGAAGAAAAGAUCAGUAUCCGGGGCAUAUAUUGGACCAAUUCAAGAAAGUUCAAAUCAACAUUCCAUUGCUUGAAGCCAUCAAAGAAGUUCCAUCAUAUGCAAAAUUCUUGAAGGAAAUGUGUACUCACAAGCAAAAGUAUGGAAAACAUGAAGAGGUGAUGUUAUCAGAAACGGUAAGUGCAAUGCUUCAACGAAAAUUGCCACCAAAACUCAAGGAUCCAGGAAGCUUUACAGUUCCGUGCAUUAUUGGAGAAAGAAAAUUUGAACGAGCUUUACUUGACCUGGGAGCAAGUGUCAAUCUUAUGCCUUAUUCUGUGUACAAACAUCUAAGUUUGGGGGAGUUAAAGCCUUGUUCCAUGUCUUUGCAACUUGUUGAUCAUUCUGUGAAAUAUCCAAUGGGCAUUAUUGAAGAUGUACUUGUCAAGGUUGAUCAGUUCAUUCUCCCUGCUGACUUCAUUGUUUUGGACAUGGAAGAAGCUGAAAUUCCAGGCAAUGAGCUACCUCUCAUUCUUGGUAGACCUUUCAUGGCUACUGCAGGUACUAAAAUUGGUGUAAAAGCUCGUUUACUCACCAUGACUGUGCAGGAUGUUAUGAAUCGAAUGAAAGAGAAGUUCGAGGUUGCUCAUGACAAAGCUCUACUUCGGAAAUAUUUUGAACCAAAACAAAAAGUUUUGUGGAAAAAGUCAAGGUUCAAGUAA